AUGGACAUCACCAAAUUCGUCGUCCAGGGCCGCGACCAGGCUCUCCUCUACGGAGAUUAUUCGACCUACCACAAGAGCUGCACAAAGCGUUUACUAUCUUGUCGAAAGAAGCUGGGAAUCUCCACUAAGAAUCGUGGCAAGUUUCGCGAUCAUGAAAGGAUUACCGCAGAGCACAUCGCCCAGAACCACGAAUAUGUCCAUUUACUCCUCCUUACAAGCGAACGGUCUUGGGCCCAAAUCAUGAAGAUGAGGGCCGGUCAUGCUAGCGAUACCAAGGGAAUUACGGGCCGAACUCGAUCGCAUAUCGCCUCUCGUCUGAUCAAGGCCACUCGCACUGCUGACGAGCUUGUCGAGGCCCUCUCCCAAACCGACGUAUCUGGCGCCUCUCAAACCGAUCUUCUCGAGGCCAAAUCAUACGCUUACCUUAUCCGUGGUACCACUACGUUCGAAAAACAGAGCUGGGAAGCGAGUUUGCAGAAUUAUGCGGCGGCACGUGUCAUUUACAGUGCGCUCGCCGCUGCCACAACUGGUGAUCUCUACAAGGACCUACUUACUGAAACUAUCGAUCCCUCAAUUCGAUAUGCCGCAUACCAACUCAAGACGCCCCGAACUGUUCCGAUUCCUAUCAUCGCCCGAAAGGCCUUCCCUCAAUCUGACGCCAAUCUUAUCAAACAGAUCAACGAUAUCGAUCCCACCAUUCUUAAAUCAGGCGAAGCAAAGGCAAAGGAUGGGAUUGCUAGCGCCGAAGGCGCACCCAAGACUUUGACAUGGAGGUCUAGAGAGGUCAACAUCGAGGAUGCGCAAAUUGCGAUGGCUUGGGGUGCUGUACUGGCGGCAAAGGAACGACUGGCUGCCGAUCUCGCUGCACCUAAAGGGCGAGGGCCUUAUGAGCUAGCUGGCGCUUACGACGAAAUUCUUAUGCUCAGCCAAGACGCCGUUGAUGCUACUAAGCAAGCAAUCGACGAGAUGCGAGCCGAAGGCGUGGAACAGGGCGACGCUCGAAUGCAGAGUUUGCAAAUCACACGUACCGCCGUCAACUUCGAGACCAUUAGCUGGAGAAUCGGACGUAGCAGAGUUCUGACAGGAGAACACGACGGCGCACUUGACCAGUACGGCUCAUCCAAGAAGGGGAAGGGUAAGGCAGCCCAGGAAGCUGCCAAGGAAAAGGACAUCCCAACAGGAAAGAAACUGUCCAAGCUCAAGGAAAAGGUCGCUCUGUACGACGGAAUACUACAGAACAUUGAAUCCAUCAUAGAGCUGCCUGGCGUAGCCAACGAUCAGGGACUGGCCGAGCAGAUCGGCGCUUACGUUAAGUAUUUCGAGGCUCUCAAGGCGCUAGCUAUUGCUCGUUCGCAUGCCACCGCUGGUAAUCCCGCCGAUGCGCUCGCUCUUAUCAACCAUGCCGACGGUCUUGUUGAAGAGUCUCAGUCUAACGAGCCCGCGUCUGAUGGAUCACCAAACAAGACACCCUUGAGCUUAUCUGUCUCUGCCGAAGAUGUUGAGUAUCUACAGAACCUCCUCAACGGCGAACUCCAGCGUCAUCGUGCCAUUGUGUAUGUUGACAUUCUUCGCAAGAAGCAUGAGCUGAGUGUAUCGGAGACCGUCAAGAGACCUCUUAUUGAGACUCAGAAUCAUUACCCCUCCGGUGGCGCUAACCUGGAUCACAUCGUCGAGUUCCCUCCCAAGCUCGCCACCAUCCCUGUGAAGCCCAUCUUCCUCGACGUAGCAUGGAAUUACAUCGACUACGCUGGCAAGGCUCCUCCCAAGCAAGCCCCUGCACCUGCUAAGGCUGAGGAGCCCAAGACAGACGAAUCUUCAACUCCUCAGCAAGCAAAGCGAGGCUGGUUUGGAUUCGGAAGAUCAUAG